AUGUAUGUCAACAAGUCUGAAGAACAGGGGCCAUUCAGAGGAGGGUCUUUGGACUCUGUAAACCCUGCUAAUGAGGAGAAGCAGCACAACAAUGAAGCCAGUACAUUUGGAGAGCAUCAAGACAAUAGGACCGUCUCCACUGGAAGGCCCACCAGCUCCAAGAGAGAUGUUUCAACCAUAAUAUUUUCAUUGAAAAAUGAAGUCGGUGGUCUCAUCAAAGCACUUAGGCUUUUUCAGGAAAAACACGUCAACCUUGUUCACAUUGAGUCCCGCAAGUCCAAACGUAGAAAUUCCGACUUUGAGAUCUUUGUGGAUUGUGACACUGACAAUGAACAGCUCAAGGAGCUGACUCAGCUGCUAAGGGAGCAUACUGAUAUAGUUGAGAUAACUCCAUCAGAGAACUUCACUAUACCUGAGGAUGAUAUGGCUGUCCCCUGGUUCCCACAGAAGAUCUCUGAAUUGGAUCUGUCAGCAAACAGGGUUUUGAUGUAUGGCUCUGAGUUAGAUGCUGACCAUCCGGGAUUUAAAGACAACAUGUACCGUAAAAGAAGAACAUAUUUUGCUGAUUUGGCCAUGAGCUACAAACUUGGCGAUCCUAUUCUUCGUGUAGACUUCACUUCAGAGGAGGUGCGUACCUGGGGGGUGGUGUACAGGGAGCUCAACAAGCUGUACCCCGGACAUGCCUGCAAGGAGUACCUGAAGAACCUGCCCCUGCUGACCAAAUACUGCAACUACAGCGAGGACAACAUCCCACAGCUGGAGGACGUCUCACACUUCCUCAAAGGUGCACUUUCAUGGUCAUGGGUGUGA